AUGUCAAAAUGGGAGGUUGUGGGAGGUGCCGAUAAAGGAGGCAUCUUAGUGCGAAAGGGCCAAGACUUGAAGUCGGAGCAGUUGGCGGACCGACUUUCCACUGGUUCACUGGGCUCAAUAGUCAAUCCAUGCCGUAGGACCAUGGGCUGCAAAGCAGACGUUUCCGGCAUCAUUAAAGCAGAGUUUGAUCUCUGCGUAUUGCCGAGCGCAGAAGCCAUGAAGAAGUUGGGAACGCCGAAGGCUGUGCGCAACUUCUUCGAUGGAGGCAAUCGCAGAGGGGAAAUUGGUGAGUUCAAGGAGGAGCUUAACCACAACAACAAAGAUCGAAAGAAGGAGGCCCUGAAGAAGGUCAUUCAAGCAAUGACCUUGGGCAACGACGUCUCGUCGCUUUUUCCAGAUGUUGUCAAAUGCAUGCAGACCAACAGCUUGGACCUCAAGAAAUUGGUCUACCUGUAUGUGAUCAACUAUGCCAAGGCGCAGCCAGACUUGGCAAUCCUCGCCAUCAAUGCUUUCCGCACGGAUGCGAACGACCCGAACAAUCCUCUUCUGCGUGCUCUGGCGGUGAGGACCAUGGGCUGCAUCCGCCUGGAGAAGAUGACAGAGUACCUGAUCGAUCCCCUGCGGAGGAGUUGCAGAGACAUGGACGCUUGGGUUCGCAAAACUGCGACCAUUUGUAUUGCCAAGCUCUACGACAUCAACCCAGAGCUGGUGGAAGAUCAAGGCUUUCUGGACAUCUUGAGGGACAUGCUCGGAGAUUCGAAUCCGAUGGUCGUUGCCAAUGCAGUGGCCUCCCUUGGUGAAAUCUCCACGUCUGCGCGCAAGAACUAUCUGAAGCUCGACGAGGAGGUGAUCUCCCGGCUUCUUCCGGCCCUCAACGAGUGCUCCGAAUGGGGGCAGGUCUUCAUCUUGGACGCGUUGGCUACCUACGAUCCACCGAACUCAAAGGUGGCAGAAGCCAUCUUGGAAAGAGGUGUCAUUGCUCGACUCACUCAUGGCAACAGUGCCGUCAUAGGCUCAGCCGUCAAGGUGAUCAUGAAGUUCAUGGACCGCCUGUCCAGCAACGACUUAGUGCGGACGCUGUGCAAGCGAAUGACAGCACCGCUGGUCACCAUGCUGUCCGCAGAACCAGAGAUUCAGUACGUGGUGAUGCGCAACAUCAACCUGAUCGCACAGAAGCAACCCAACAUUCUGCAGACGGAUGUGCGAAUGUUCGUGUGCAAAUACAACGAUCCGCUCUACGUAAAGUUGGAGAAGAUAGCUGUGAUGGUGCAGCUGGCCUCCGACCGGAACAUUGACUCCGUCCUCUCCGAGUUUGUCGAGUAUGCCUCGGAGGUGGACAUCGAAGUCGUCCGCCAGUCGGUCCGAGCGAUUGGCCAGGCGGCAAUUAAGCUGGAACGAUCUGCAGAGCAAUGUGUGAAUUGCUUGCUGGAGCUGAUCAAGACUCGGGUCAACUACGUGGUUCAGGAGGCCAUCGUGGUUAUCCGGGACAUUUUCAGGAAGUAUCCGGGCCAGUACGAGAUGAUCAUCUCCGAGCUGUGCCAAAACCUGGAUAGCCUGGAUGAGCCCGAUGCCAAGGCAUCCAUGAUCUGGAUCGUCGGGGAGUAUGCCGAAAGAAUCGACAACAGCGGGGAUCUCCUGGAGACCUUCCUGGAAACCUUCCACGAGGAGCCCUCCACCGUACAGCAGCAAAUCCUCACUGCGACGGUGAAGAAGUUCGUGAAGAGCCCUCAGGACUCUCGUGAGCUUGUCGGGCGUGUUCUGAAGCUGUGCACGGACGAAAGCACCAACCCUGACCUGCGAGACCGUGGAUGGAUGUACUGGAGGCUUCUUAGCAACAACCCACAGCUAGCGAAGCAGGUUGUCCUCAGUGAAAGGCCGACCAUCAGCGAAAACUCCUUUGCUCUACAGCCGCGGGUGCUGGACCGCCUCAUUGCGAACAUCUCAACGCUGGCAUCCGUCUACCACCAGGUUCCCGAGGCCUUCUGCGACAACAACCGCGGAGCUCGGCAGGUGGAAGAGAACGAUGAGUUCGAGGACUACUCCGAAACCAUCGAGCGCGUCGAGCAAGAGAUCCAGCAGACGGGAAGGACUGCACUGCAAUAUGCUGCAAUAGAGAGGUAUUGCCAGCAACGGUAA